AUGUGUCUUAGUCACCACCUGGACAACCACUACCAGUCACCACCUGGACAACCACUACCAGUCACCACCUGGACAUCACCCCACCCCAACCCCAACCCAACCACCAGUCACCACCUGGACAUCACCCCACCCCCACCCCAACCACCACCAGUCACCACCUGUACAUCACCCCACCCCCACCCCAACCAACACCAGUCACCACCUGGACAUCACCCCACCCCAACCCCAACCCAACCACCAGUCACCACCUGGACAUCACCCCACCCCCACCCCAACCACCACCAGUCACCACCUGUACAUCACCCCACCCCCCACCCCAACCACCACCAGUCACCACCUGGACAUCACCCCACCCCCCACCCCAACCACCACCAGUCACCACCUGUACAUCACCCCACCCCCACCCCAACCAACACCAGUCACCACCUGGACAUCACCCCACCUCCACCCCAACCAACACCAGUCACCACCUGGACAUCACCCCACCUCCACCCCAACCACUACCAGUCACCACCUGGACAUCACCCCAACCCCACCCCAACCACCACCAGUCACCACCUGGACAACCACUACCAGUCACCACCUGGACAUCACCCCAACCCCACCCCAACCACCACCAGUCACCACUUGGACAUCACCCCCACCUUCCCCCACCUCCCCCCCACCCCAACCACUACCAGUCACCACCUGGACAUCACCCCACCCCCACCCCACCCCAACCACUACCAGUCACCACCUGUACCCCCAUACCCCCCUCUCCCAUGCCUCACCCCCCUCACCCCCUCCCCAAUCCCACCUGAAAUGACGACAAAAACACUUAGCUAG